AUGAUUGUAGUUCAAAUAUGGCUUCUUUACGAAUGUAUUAGAUAUCGCACCCCAACUUUGUCAAUUCAUAAUCGUAAACGCUGGUUUUGGAAUUGGAGAUCUUUUAGGCCUUAUAUGACUUGUUUGAUAGUUUUGCUUGGACAUUUAAUAUUUUUUUCUAAUUUUUUUGGUGACCGUGUUUGGUUUGUAGAGCUUUUGGGAUAUUUGGCACUUGGAGUCGAAUGCACGCUUCCUAUGCCACAAGCAGUACAAAAUUAUAAAAAUCAAUCCGUCUCGGGAUUUAGGUAUGGUCCAAAUUUACUAUCAUAA